AUGGUGGAAAGAUCUUCUUCAGUUCAUGAGUUGUGUACACGCGAUGCUAUAGAUUUUUUUGUGCAGUUGAAUGAGUUUGAGAGUUCGAGUCGGUUUUGGAAGGAAAAAGCUCGUUGGAUCAAAUAUGAAGAAAAUGUUGAACCGAGUGGGAAUUGGGGACGACCAUUUCUUUCUUAUAUCGAGGCUGAGUGUUUGCUGGCCUUUAAACAGUCAUUAGAUGAUGGUUUGGUGUUACUUGGCAGUGUAAAUGAUGGUGAAAUUGAUAUAUCUUACACCAUAUCCAACAUGUUGGUACUUGGUGGUCAUGCAGAACCUCGACAUCGUGUACGAAUACAACAAAUAAUGACACUUCCACGUAUGCAUCAGGGUGAGUCCAGUUCUCGUUUUCGGAAGAAAGUUCAGCUAAGUCGAGAAGCAUUAAGAGUUGCAUACAUGAAAAGAGAGGAAGCAAUGACGCAUGCGUGGGACAUGUCAGAGAAUACCGUGAGGAAUCGUUGGGUUAAGUUAGCGAGGAAAGCACUGGAUCAACAACGUCGGGAGAAGGGAAAGACAAUUAUUUGGGAAAAUUUACUUAUUGAAAACAGAUGUGCAGUUAAUGAUGUCCUCAAACAGCUUGACCAAGACGAACACCGUGUUGAAUAUUUAAACGCUAAAAGUCCAAGCAUAGAAAACAUCAGUUCGUCUGGGUUGACUGAGAGUUCUGCUGAAAGUCAUAACCUACGAAGACGUAAAGAGGAAAUCAAGUUGAGAAAAAUAAUUCACCCUGAAUCUAUCGGCGUUGUAAUAUUCCAUGCAGCAGUUGAUUUUUUGAAACGAGAUCAGUGUCUUCCAGUAUUCAUCAGAUUUCAGAACGAGAAACCAAUAUCAGACUUCAUGGAGAUUGCAAUUCCAAUUCGGUUUUUGUAUAUCCUGUUCACUUCACAACAUGCGAUACACGUCGAUGGAUAUCAAAUAUGUCGAGCAGUCGCAACACUCUUUAAAGAUAGGACAUUUGCUAGAUACGCGCUACGUGCAAAAACGAGCAACGAUUUGAUACAAGCUGCGAAUAUGUUCGUAAAUGGAAGUGUCAUGCUUCCUCCUGGAAAUUGGAAGCCAGAGCUACUCAUUCCUGUUGCCGGAGCGAUUUCAGCCAUUAGUCGCAAGAAACAUACCUUAAAGAAGUUUAAACAUCGCGAGGGAAAAGAUUUAUGGCGGAAGCUCAGGGCAAAACUAGUCGUAGUCUCAAUGAUGAAGGGUUUGGUGUAUCACAAUGGAGUAAAAGAUUUAGAAAAUACGGAAGAACUAGUAACAAGAUCUGGAGCAAUGUCUCUACCAAGAAGAGGAGACUGUCCUGUUAAAACAAGAUUUGGAAAAGUUUCAAGAAACGAAAAUGAAAAUGACAAAUACGUGGACGUUACUCCGGAUAGCUGUGAUAUUGUGAUUAAUAAUAAUGACGGUGAUGCUAAAGAUGACGAAGACACACGAGAAAUUCAUCCUCUUCACGCAAAUGGGAAGUGGUUUGGUGGUUUACGACGAGAAUUUAGACCUCGUUGUUCACAGUACUGGUCAGAUAUCAAGGAUGGUUUUCAUAUCCAGUGUCUUGCUUCCCUUUUCUAUUUAGCGAUCAGUUUGACUGCGAUGUGUCUAACAUAUGGUCAAAUGAUGUGCAAGUACACAAGUGGAAAUCUUGGACCAGUAGAAAUGCUCUUAGCAACGUCACUUUCUUGUAUAUUGAUAGCGGCCUUUGCAACAGAACCAUUGUCUGUGAUUGCUGGAACCGCGGCAAUGCUUCUUGUAGAAGCGUCGACCUAUCAGGCAUCCAAAAUAAUGGAGAUAGACUUCCUUCAAUUGCGUUUUUUGACCGGAAUGUGGAUUUUUAUAUUUCUACUUUUGAUCUUGGCUUUUGAUAAAACUCACUGGAUACAUUAUUGUACAAGAUUCACUGAGGAAAUUCUUCACGUUCUUGUCGCCUUGUUGUUUAUGUACGAAGGAAUUAAAAACCUAAUAAAGGUUUAUGAACAACAUCCCUUACGCAAGGAAUAUCAGUUUCGGGUCAUAAACUCCACAGUAAAUACAGGCGGAUAUGAAGGCAGUAAUGAAAAACCAAAUACAGCUUUGUUAUACACAAUAUUCAUGUUUGCCACAUUCGGUAUCGCGCUUGGUUUCAGACUAUUCGAGAAAACGAGAUUUUUUUCACCUCCGCAUUCCUUUUGCCGUCAACAUAAUGAAUGGAGUCACAUAUUUUCUUGGUGUUUAUCUAAACACAAUAAACAUUCCUGA